AAACUUCGACUCCCUCAGUAAAGAAAAUGUGUACGAGAACAACAAGUUGGCAUUUCGCGUGGCGGAGGAGGAGCUGGGGAUCCCAGCAUUGUUGGAUGCAGAGGAUAUGGUUGCUCUGAAGGUACCAGACAGGCUGAGCAUCCUUACCUAUGUUUCCCAGUAUUACAACUACUUCCAUGGACGGUCUCCUAUUGGAGGCAUGGCUGGAAUCAAGCGUCCUUCCUCUGAACCUUUGGAGCAGCAUCCUGGAAAGAAAACUGUUUCAGAGCCUCCUAAACCAGUGCCACCAAAACUGCCUCCUGCCCACCCACCAGCCAGAGCUAAGCCGAAAGAAACUUCCCCAGUCACCACAAAAAGGGUCCUGGCAGAGAGUGGGAAUGUCCCCAGCAGCAGCUGUGGGGUCUGUGGGAAACAUGUGCACCUGGUGCAGCGCUACUUGGUCGAUGGGAAGCUCUACCACAGGAACUGCUUCAGGUGCAGGCAGUGUUGGAACAUUCUUCUCCCUGGAAGUUACAAAGCUGGUCCUGAGCCUGGUACCUUCAUCUGUACCAGCCACCAGCAGUCAGAAAAUGGCCAGAUCUCCAGUCUCCACAGCACUGAGAACAAACCUGAGAGUACCCCAGCCCCUAAUGCUGCCAGGGUGUUCCAGAAAGCCACAGAACCCAAGAAACAAGAGCAGGUGUUGAAGAAACCCAGCCAGGAAGGCCUCACUAAUUCAACCAAGCCACCUGUUUCAUCUUCUGGAAGCUCUGGCUUCAAAAGUGUAAAUACUCCGUGGUCCUCUUCAGCUGUAAAUAAAUCAGACUGCAAAGGUACCUCGUUGGGGAAUAAAGCAGAUCACCGUGAAGGUACAUCAGGGUCUCUCUGGACAAGCACCACCACAAAAACACAGCAAGCACGAGAAAACUUCUUUAGGUCAUUAGAGUCCUCUAGCAAUAAAACUUCUGACACUCAAAAACCAGUCCUGUCUCCUGAUGGCCCUGAUAAAACUGCCCCUGCCAGAACCACUGCUGAGGUCAGUCAGAAGGAUAAGGCACGUAACCAUAUUAUGCAGGCUCUGUCUGGAUCAAACACUUCUUCAAACAGACCAGGAGGACUCAAUUCCACGAGCCCCUCAGCAUCCAUCAGUGGCAAGUUUUCUCCCACCCAUUCUCAGAGUCACAGUCCAUCUCCAAAAGCAGAGUCCAGCAAAACAGGGUCCACAGCUGUAAAGCAGGAAAAGAUUACAGACCCUCUGCCCAAGAACCAGGCUGCCAGCAAACCUGACUCUGUGCACAAGCCAGAGUCAAAAGGCACCAAAGGAAGUACAAAUGUUGGUGAAGACAAGUCUGAGAGCCCAGCAGACUGGAGAUCUCUGUUGAAACCUGUAGCCAACAAAGACCAAGGUGGCUCUAAGAAACCUACUGAUAACUCCCAGGUGGGAACAGGGAGCCCAGCACACAAGGAGACAAAGCCAAGUUCAUUAGUUGUCCCACCAGCAAACCAGGACUCUGCUUCAUCUGGUGGCUUCAGGAAGAAGCUGUUGAUCCCCAGCUCAGAUCUUAUCAGGAGCUGUAAGAAUUCAGAGCAAGACUGGGAAAAUCCUGGGGGCUCUACCAAGAAAGAGAAAGAUGGCAACCAGUUGAAGAUAAAUACUGACACAGUUCUAAACCUUGAUCUGAAAAGCAAAUAUGUGUCUCCCGUGGUGUCCCCGACCAAGCUGCACCCAGACUACCUUCCUGAGGAGGAAAUCCAGAAGAAAGUUCGUGGCAUUGAGAAGCAGCUGGAUGAGCUGGAGUUGAAAGGAGUGGAUCUGGAGAAGCAGCUGCGUGCCUGCGAGGGAGAUGAAUCCGAGGAUGCUCUUAUGGUGGAUUGGUUCAAACUGAUCCAUGAGAAACAGCUGCUGCUCAGACAGGAGUCAGAGCUGAUGUACAAGAUGAAGCAGCAGGAGCUGGAGGAGCAGCAGUGGAAUAUUGAGAUGGAGCUACGACACCUCAUGAGCAAGUCAGAGGAACUGAAGACCCCCAGGGAGAAGGAGCGCGAGAAGGAGCUGCUGGAGUCAUACCUAAACACGGUUAAUGAUCGGAAUAGUAUUGUGGAGUGCCUGGAUGAGGACAGACUCAGAGAGCAGGAGGAGGACCAGAUGUUGGCAGACAUGAUCCAGAAGUUGGAUGGGUCUUUGGAGAGCCAGGAACCAGAGAAGAAGAAGAACAAGUUCCGCUUGACCAAAAUAUGGAAGCAGAAAAAUAAGACUAAAGCUCAGGAGUGA